AUGGGGAAAUGCGUAACCGCGAUCUUCAUUCUCGUUUUCCUCGCGUACAACUUGCUUGGGGCCGGCAUUUUCAUGUUGCUCGAAGAAAGCGAAGAGAAACAGCUGAGAGAUGACCUGUUCAAAGUGGCCGAAGCGUUGGGCUACGGACCUGACUACUGCUCUAAAGAACCGCCCGCAAACGUCGCAAAUACCACUUUCGGGUUUCAUGCGAUUGAAGACAUCGUCAAAGAGCGUCUGACAAACUUGAGCACAGCGUCAAGAGAGGAAAACAUGUCGAAAAUCGUCCUCACGGAGAGAGAGCUGCGAGCUCUUGUAUGCCGCAUCACAGAUGUUACGGAAAAAGCAGUGAAACAUGGUUUAGAUCCGCAUAGCACGAGAAACAACAGCUCGCCUAUUGACUGGGGUUCCUUGUCAGGAACGUUGCAUUUCUGCAUGACAGUUCUUACGACGAUUGGGUAUGGCCACAUCUCACCAUCUAGCGAAGCUGGCAGGGUGUUCUGUGUGGUGUACGGCUUCUUCGGCGUGCCGUUAACGAUCGCGUUCGUGUCUCUCCUCGGCGAGGGGAUGAGAGGGAUCCACGACCGGGCGGCCGCGGCAGCUCUGCGGGGGAAUCAUCGCUGGGGCCCCGACGCCACUCGGCGAGCUAUCGGUGCGCUUUUCAUCGGGCUCGGAUCCCUUCUGUUCAUCUUCGUACCGUCGGUUAUUUUUAGUAUUGGCGAGGGUUGGUCCUAUGUGGAAUCCCUGUACUACACGUUCGUGACUCUAAGUACGAUUGGGUUUGGUGAUUAUGUAACUGGAAGGCAGAGAGGGGUGAAGUACCAUCAUGCCUACCAGGGGUUUAAGGGGUCUUGGUUGUAUAGUGGUCUUGCGUUUGUGGCCUUGGUUUUCUUUGCCAUGACACAGGCGGUUAAUGAAGCUAGGAAAAGAAUGGAGAAACGAAUAGAGACAAGACGUGUACAGUCGACACGCGUGGCUGGACCGUCGGGUGAAAGUAAGGGCAGCAGCAGGAUUCAGAAGGAAAACACAGCAAUGCCGUCUGUGGGGUAAUAUUUUAUUAUGUGUAUACAAGGCUAUCAUCUUAUAUACCAGGAUUUGUUUCAAAGGGCUUAAGUAGUAAAUCUAUGUGACAACCUCUGCAUGCUAAACAUAGGAAAAUACAUCAAAAAUGUCUAGAAGCUUGUUUGUUUGUGUGUUUGCUUUAAGUUAUAAAUUUCUCUAAUGAUUGCAAAAUCCAAUUCUCAUACCAUAUAUACUACACACUAUAGACACACUAUAUGAUUGCAUUAGAUACAUCAGUCUUAUAGAACUGUAGUUAUGUACCAGUAGAUGCAAUACUUUGUACCCUGUAUAAUUGUUGUGCAAUAAAUUUAUUAUUAUAACGAAUGGAAACAUUUAUUGUACAUUUUUUGCCAAAUGAGCUAAGUACAUGUCACAACAAAGACAAUAAAUUAUAACAAGUAGAUAAUGUAUUAUAGACAUAUUCUAGCAUAGAAGUUUCACUUCUUCUCGCUUCAUGAAAAUGUAGGAUUGCAUGAGUUUAGUAAUAGUCGGAAUGCAAUAACCAUGCAAAGUCAUAAUUGGAUAUUGACAAAUUCCUCCUAUAUCAAAAGUAAACAGCCACCUGACCAACACCUGACUGUUU